AUGGCGUCCACCAUGGACCAUGAGAAGGUAGAACUUAUGAAACAGCUGCAGAUGUCAGACUUGGGAUCUGAUCGGCGUGAGUAUAUCUCGACGCGUGAGGACAAACGUUACGGACAGCAAUAUUCAUACGAAGAGAUCGAGUCCUCUCGAGCAUUUCACAAGGAGAAAACUGCCUCAGGACGUCAGGCCCUGGCUCAUCAGCCUGCGCUAAAUGCUUGGUCGACACUCGCUCAGAAGGUGAAUGAUACCGAUAGUAUCGAAAAGCUGGAUCCGCUUAUGCAUGGCCAAAGCCACCGAGCUCGACUCAUGGAGAAGAUCAAAGAGCAAGGUGGCCAACAGUAUGGUGAAGGAUACGGCAAAAACAGCCAAGCAAAGUCGGAAAACCAUCAUCCAUUCUCCCCCGUCUCGUCUGGUCGUGGAGGUGGCAUUGCGAGAACUCGGGGUCGUGGACGUGGCUUGGGGCCCCGUGGAGCUCCCGAGGGAAUCGCCAUGCGCUCGCACUCCGUGGCACUGCCAACUGGAGCUGCGUUGACUAGACAGGACCCUGCGCUGGACUCGAACAAUGGUGGACCCGUCACAGCUGGAAGAAAUUACCGUGGCGUACGAGGUCGAGGUCCAAGAGGCCAUCCUACGAGACCUACCCCACUACUCCGACGGCCGGCACCUAUGGAGGACUUUUCAAAAAAUCUGGGGUCGGGCGUUGAGUUCAUGCAAAAGGCCCAGGCCCAGGGAUACACCAAACCGACUUCACAUGUCACAUCGACCUCCCCGUCUCGACUUUCGCCAUCCCCAGCACGACGGUCUUCUCCCUCGCAAUCCGUAUCUCCUAGCCGACGUUCUGUGACUCUAACAGGACCCGUUGCUCGAUCAUCGUUCCCUCCUUCCUCUCCAAAGGCCGUGAAGCAAGCACCGCCGGAAAAGCAACAGGCUACGGCGACAAUCCUCAAACCGUUCGCUCCAGCUUCGAAGCUACCCGCUGCUGAGAAAAAGGCCGCGCCCAAAGCUAGGCCACUGGAACAGCCAUUAUCGCAGGCCACAACCCUGAAGCCGUUCGCGCCAGUGCCGAAACCCCCCGCCCCCAGACAAAGCCCCCCCCUCAAAGAGAGGUCGCUGGAACAGGCCAAAAUCCAAAAGACACUUUCUUCAACCCCGAAACCGUCUGUUACUGAGACAAACCCUGCUGCCAAGAAUAGAUCGCCAGAGCCAUCUGCGGACAUUUCGCUCAUCGACUUCUCGUCAGAAGAUGAAACCCCCGAGCCUCAGCCUGGCCCUUCCACGCAAGUCCCACCAAGAGUUCCCACUGGCCCUCUCUUGGAUCUUUUGGAUUUCGAAGACAACAAUGGUCUUGGACUAUUGACUCCCAACAGAUCCAGAAUAAGCCAAACGAUCGAAAAUCAGCUUUCAGGACUUGAAUUCGAACAAUCUGAUCCCGAGCAUGAGACCGUACCCCAGGAAUUACGGACUGUGAAUUCUCAGGCUACAGUUAUGAUUGACGGCUUGAAGACCUCUUCCUCUUCCAAAGAGCCAGUGAGGAUAUCAACCCCCGUCAAAGAUAUUUCGAGUCAGGAUGAAUUUCUCACCCCUCCCGGAUCAAAGAAGAGCCAAGCCGGCAGCUUUAUCGAUCAUCGUUCACCCCAGAACAGCUUGUCUUCUGGCGACUCAACACAGCGAGCGAAGGAAACUCUGCCAGAAGAAAACCUCUCUCCUCGAAAGUCAGGACCCGCUGUCUCCGAACCACCUCUCCAAGGUUUCGACAGACUGCAAAUUUCCGAGCCCCCAGGAUUAGAGUUCCAAGCUAAUGAACCCCAGACUACUGCUUCGCGGACACAGCCGAGGGAAGAGGAUGUGCGUCCCGCUCCGAGGCAUGGCGGAAUUGGCAUGCUCGCGGAUUCAAUCCACGCCGUCGACGUGGAACACGCUCGAACCAUUGGAGGUGCCCGUACUAUCGGCGUCAAGCCUUCGCACACAAACAAGAUCAACAACCAGGUGACCAUCGAAAUCCAACGUGCUAGUCGCACUCAAAGUCGUAUGCCAUCAGGAACAUCGACUCCCAUGAAUCAACCAUCCGGACUCGGUGCUAGCAUUUAUGCCACCGAUCAGAAGGUGGAUGCCGCGUCCACAGCGGAAGGUUCGGUGCCUAAGCCUCAAGCUUCUUUCAGGUCUCGUCAUCGCUUGGCUUAG